AUGUAUUGUCAAAAGUGUCGCACGCCACUCAAGCUGGACAGCUCCCUUGAGGACCUGAAUCCAGCCGCGUACGAUCUCCUCAUCGCAUCAUCCUCACAACAGCCACCCAGGAAGACACCCUCUUCACGACCAUACCAUCCUCAAGACGGCCAAAGAAAGGUUCUCUACGACAGAGUAUCCCAAAAUGCGCCCGCUCCGACCUUUAAACGGCACGCCGGCGGUCCAUCCAACUCGGCGCAACGAGAUUCCACCAUGUCCUUCAUCUACCUCACAGAAUCGCAAGUCGCCCAGCCCGUUCUCUCGCGACCCGAAACCUCUCCGGCGAAUGCGAAGAUUGCCAGAAACGCAAAGAGUGCAUCCAAGGGUCAAGACGAACAACACGGCGGCAGCAAAGCACACGAGAUGGAGCGCAUCAGCAAGCUCUUUGAGAUCCUUUCCGCGCGAUCCGAUAUCGAUCAUCCUAUAUGUGUCGAAUGCACCGACAUGCUAGUAGAGGGCCUGCAAAAGAAGCUGGAAAUCGCCUCAAGGGAGCGCGACGCCUAUGUCGGGUUUCUGAAACAAGUACAGGGUGAUCGGCCCAGCGAGGAGGACGUAAAAGCACAAAACGAUGCUUUAAAGAAGGCAAAGGAGGCCGAGGCCGCGGCCAUGGCCGAACUUCUGCGACUGGAAAAGGAGAAAGCGGCUGUGGAUGCAGAAAUCGUCGCUCUCGAGGAGGAAUCCCAGCAACUCGACCGCGAAGAAGAGCAGUUUUGGCGCGAGCGCAAUGCCUUUGCCACGAAGCUUGCCGACUUCCAAAACGAGCGUGACAGCACCAACUCCAAGUUUGACAACGACGCACAACUUCUCGAGAAGCUCCAACGCUCCAACGUCUACAAUGACACCUUCUGCAUCAGCCACGACGGCACUUUUGCUACCAUCAACGGCUUGAGACUGGGUCGGCUGUCCAACAAGCCAGUCGACUGGCCUGAGAUCAACGCCGCAUGGGGACAUGCGCUUCUUCUGCUAGUCACCGUAGCGGACAAGCUAGGUUACAAGUUCGAUGGGUUCGAGCCGCAGCCUAUGGGAAGCACCUCGAAAAUCAUUCGGUACGAGCUGCCGUCCCCCAGUGCUAGCCGUCUAGGGUCGCACCGAAACGCGCCGCCGCCGGCCCCGAAGAAGCACGUCCUGGAGCUUUUCUCCAACGGGGAUUUGCCCCUGGGUCUGACUUUCAUGCACCGCAAGUUUGACAACGCCAUGGUUGCGUUCCUUGAACUAGUGCGUCAGCUUGGUGCUUUCGUACAUCGGCAGACAGCAGCCAACGGUCAUCCGCUCAGUCUUCCGUACAAGAUCGAAGGCGACAAGAUCAUGGACGUGAGCAUCAAGCUCGGUAUUGCUCAGGAUGACGGCUGGACGAAGGCGUGCAAGCUUACCCUGACGUGCUGCAAAUUUUUGCUCGCGCAUGCCAGUAACGUCAACACGACCGCAAGGGCUGCUAAUAAUCAAUAA